AUGGAUAACGCACCAUAUCAUUCCAUGUAUAUUAAUAAUUACCCAAAAUGUAAUGCUCGAAAAGCUGAUGUGCAGAAUUGGCUGAAAAAUCAAGGCGUUAAUUUUUCACCACUAGAAACAUUAGCUGAAUUGCGUGAACGACUUAAAUUGUUAAUACCGUCGUUUAAUAGGUACGAGUUAGACGAAAUCGCUUGUUCGAUGGGCCAUGAAGUAAUUCGGCUACCACCGUAUCACUGCCAGUACAACCCUAUCGAACUCAUAUGGGCGCAAGUCAAAAGUGAAGUGGCAAAAAAAAAUAACACUUUUAAAAUGGUGGACGUCGAAAGACUUACAAAUGAGGCGUUGGAUUCGGUAUCAAAAAGUGACUGGGAGAAAUGUGUUGAACAUGCUGAGAAGAUUCAAGAUGAAGAUUACGAAAAGGAAAUAUUGAGAGACAGUUUGACGGAGCCAAUGAUUUUAACAUUUGCAUCUGAUGACAGUGAUUUCGGUACUGACGGAGACAGCGAAAACGACGUUGAAGAACUAGAAUAA